AUCACACUUGUAAGAUCUUUCCUUGUCUUUGGAUUUUCUUGUCUUGUGUCAUGUUUCUUCAGACAUGAAGAAAGUAUUUAUUUUGCUUACAGUAUUGUUGGUCAUUGUUGCCUCCUGUCCUGAUGGGGGGUUCAACUGUACAUCUGGAGAAUGUCUUCCAGCUGGAGUCGUCUGUGAUUUUAAGAAGGACUGUGAAGAUGGCUCAGACGAGGAGUUUUGUGGGUCAUGUGAGUUUGAGCAUCACUCCUGUGGUUGGCACAACACUAGUGAGACCUCCUACAGUUGGAGGCGGCAGAUGGCAAACAUCACCUCAAUACCUGGAGAGGACCACACCACAGGAAGUCCCUUUGGACAUGUCAUGCAUGUAGAUGGAAAACAAGGAGGGGGUUUCUCUCGGACGGCGAGUUUGGAGUAUUCCAUUGACAACCUGGCAGCUCUUGGAUGCCAGAUCAGCUUCUGGUACCAUAUUUACAAUGACGAGUUAUUUUCAUCGCCAUCAUCCCUUCAAGUAACACUGAUCAGAGGCACUGCUGAGAAAGAGUUGCUGAAAAUUUCCAAAAGUUAUACAGAGGGUUGGGAAAAUGCCACAGCUUUCAUUGGUAAUCAGCCAGGAGGAUACAAGCUGCGGUUAUCAUUCAAACUUCCAUUUAUGGAAGCCAGUGACGGUAUGUUGGACGAUAUCAACUUUGAAUACUGUGGAGAGGGAGAUGUCCCCGCAGGGUCAAACCAACUCUCAUGUGAUUUUGAAGAAGACACCUGUUCGUGGUACCACAACCACACUGCCAGCCUUUUGUGGGAAAGAAGUGAUGGUGGAUUUGAUGAUGGCCCAACAGGAGAGGGCUACUACAUGCUCAUAACUACUUCACACAACCUGAAUACCUCGUCGACAGCCAGACUUGUCAGUUUCCCUCAACCUGCAGGACAAGUCAUAUGUGUGAGCUUCAAGUAUCACAUAUUUGGCAACAGCAUUGGUUCAUUGAAGUUUAUUGCAAAGCGCUCUGGCGAAGCUGAGAUAGUUGUAUGGAUGAGAAGUGGUACCCAGGGAAAUAAAUGGAGAUUUGCAGAUCUUACCUUCAACAGUGACAAACCAAUACAGUUUAUUAUAGAAGCAGUGGUGGGUGGCACACAAGGCAGCAUAGCCAUUGAUGACAUUAUGGUAUCCAGCAGUGGGACUGGCUCUUGUCCAGCUGAGAGAGAGUGCACCUUCCAGGGCUCUCUCUGUGGUCUGCUGCCCCAACCAUCUGCAGACUUCAGCUGGAGUCGGGUCAGAGGGGUGUCCCAACCAGCCAACUCUUCAGGCCCCGCCGCAGAUCACACUCUGGGGACACAGCAAGGUUAUUAUCUGAGUGCCCAGUUGUGGAGGCACCCUGUGGGGUCCAGAGGCGCAGUGAUGACUGCAGUAAUGAAGCCCACUGCUCCUGAUGGGGAGUGCCUAAUGUUCUGGUACUAUAUGGAGGGAAGUGGAGUGGGAGAACUCAGCGUUUAUCUUCGAACCGCUGACAACAACACUGUCCAGCACUGGACCAGGAGUGGGGAUCAGGGGAAGCACUGGAGGCACGGAAGAGUGACACUUCUCAGUCCUGAAACCUCAUAUCAGGUGAUCUUUGAGGCGGUGGUUGGAGAUGGACCGAGGAGAGAUAUUGCCAUUGAUGACCUAAUUGUCCUGAAUGGUGCCUGUCCUCCGCAAGGAUUUUGUGACUUUGAAAUGGACCUGUGUGGUUGGGUGAACAAUCCUCCAGCAGAGUCUGGAGUGGACUGGGACUGGCUCUCAGGUGAGAGUAAGGGUGCCCUUAUUCCAAACAGGGACCACACCACAAAUUCUGCUUUGGGCCACUUUGCAUUCUUCACAGCCUCUCAGUCUCCUAAAGAAGUUAUUGCCCAACUAGAGAGUGAGACAAUGGAGGCAGUAGACCGAGCUUGCCUGGAGAUUUGGCACUAUGCCGAAGGGUGGUUAUCAGAUGCGCCUUCUUACAUUACACUUACAGUGUUUGUGAAUGAGACUGCUGGGCUGCGUCCUGUGUGGAAUACAAAUGGAUAUUUAAAUAAAACGUGGAUCCAAGACAGGGUGGAUUACAGUGCAUCAGGGCCUCACCAGAUUAUUUUACAAGCCAGAUGUCCAGACUCAAAGGAUGGCACCUUUUCUCUGGAUGACAUCCACAUCAUCAGGGGCAGGUUUUGUGACGACACUAUUCCAACCACCACUCCAAUCCCUGCCACCACCACCACCACUGCUCCUGCCUCCGCCAUGGACUGCACAUUUGAACAAGGUCUCUGUAGUUGGGCCCAGGAGGUGAGUGAUGAUUCGAACUGGACUCUCAGUAGUGGACUUCAAGUGGACCAGCCAUGGGACGGACCUCAAUAUGAUCAUACUGUCGGAAAUAAUGAAGGUUUCUUCUUACUGUUGAAUGGAUCUGGAUCAAAGGAUGGGGAAAGAGCAGUUGUCUCUGUUCCUGUCAUUGAUCUCACAUCACCUAUCUGUGUUGGAUUCUGGUACUACAUGCUUGGGCCUUCAGUAUCCACUCUGGACCUGCUGGUUGAGACCAAUUCCUCUGAACUGUUGGUGUGGACUCGCCGAGGGACCCAGAAUUCAGAGUGGAUUAACGCACAAGUAACGAUCAGCAUGAACAAUACAACACGGUUGAUGUUCACCAGCCACAGAAACACCAACAGCCGAGGAUUCAUUGCCAUUGAUGAUCUUACAGUGAAGGAGGGUGCCUGCAGUAAUCUGAAUGUGUGUGGGUUUGAUUCCAGCUGCUGUGACUUUGAGAAUGAUGUCAGUCAUAAGGGUCUCUGGGGUCGCAAAAGAGGCACAAAACAUCAAGUGGAUUACACGUAUGGAACUGAAAAUGGUUUCUACAUGACUGUGAUGAUGUCAAACUCGACAGAGACUGAAGUAGCUCAGCUGCUCACACCUGAGGUCACCUCAGCUACAGAGAUAUGUGUACGCUUCUGGUACUGGAUACCUGCAGGGCCAUCUAACAACCUUGCUGUGCAUGUUCUGCGGAGUGGGGAGCCAGGUGAAGUACUUUGGGAACGAUCUGGAGCGCCCUCUUCAGGCUGGGAGGUGGCAGAGGUCACUGUGUCCUCCCCUGCACCAUUCAACGUGGUGUUUAAGGCAGUCCAUGCGCCAGGCACCAUCUCUACAGUGAAAUUAGAUGACAUUUCUGUGAAGGAUGGGGCCUGCAGUCCUACAGGCAGCUGUGACUUUGAGUCCGGACAGUGCACCUGGGUCAACAUCCCUAAAGAAGAUGGACAUGACUGGGUGCUGGCCAGUGGCGGUUUUCAGGGUCCACCGACAGACCAAACCACUCAGACCCCAGAGGGUCGGUUCUUAUUGAGCUCAUCACUGCACCGAAGCCACAGCAGUGUAGCGCAGGUAUUGUCAGAAUGGAUCCAACUGAGAGACACCACCUCCUGUCUCACUUUCUGGUACCAUAUGGACAGCAGUGACUCCGGUACGCUGAAGGUGUACAUGCGUUCAGGGCAUUCGGAGGAGCAUCUGAUGUUCAGUGGUACCAGCAGUGGACGUGGCUGGACCAGGUUCUCGCAGUCUAUAGAGAGGAGAACAUCUUUCCAGCUGCUGAUUGAAGCAGAGACUAACAACAGAGGAUUCAUUGCCAUUGAUGACAUCAGUGUCACACCAGGCCUUUGUCAAGUAAAUGACACAAGUUUGAGAUUUGUGGGCUGUUCAUUUGAAAAUGACACAUGUGGCUGGGAGGACAUCAGCCAUGGCGGUUGUCAGUGGACAAGAGGAAAAAAUGCUUCUGGGAACACUGGACCCUCUGUGGACCACACGGUGGGCACAGGACUGGGUUGGUACAUGGCAGUGGAGCCUGACCACGGAGGUCAAAUGAGCCCUGCUGCCCUACAAAGUCCCAGCAUGAAACAGGCCAGUGCCACCUGCACACUACACUUCUACUACAACAUGUAUGGAGACGACAUAGAGGAGCUGACUGUGCUGCUAAAGGAGGGCGCCAGGACCACUGCACUGUGGUGGCUGUCUGGUAACCAUAGAGAUUCGUGGCAUCAUGGUGAGGUAACAGUGGGUCGAAUCCCUCAGGACUUCAACAUCCUGUUUGAAGCCUCCAGGGCCUUCAACAGUCGGGGACACAUCGCCGUUGAUGACAUAGAUUUCACCAACUGCACCCUGCCUGAGCCCCAGCCCUUGUGUCCAGGCAAUAUGUUCACGUGCAACAACAAUGUGUGUGUGGAGCAAAACCAAGUGUGUGACUUCAGUGAUGACUGUGGGGACCGGUCUGAUGAGAACAACUGUGAGACACAUGCAGAGCGCUGCAGCUUUGAGCAAGGCCUGUGUUCGUGGGCGAGAAGUGAUGUGGACACACCUAGAGUUGAGUGGAUGCGUCACAAAGGACAGGAGGCCUGGCCCAAAUAUGGGCCUCCCAGGGAUCACACCCAUAACUCUGCUGCAGGUCAGUAUAUCAUCCCUGGGACUGACCUGACUGAGAAGGGUCAGGCGUCAGAGAUCCUCUCCAAAACAUUACUACCCAGCUACAACUGCACUGUAAGAUUCUUCUUCUUCAGCCUGGAUGAUGCUCCAGCCAGACUGACAGCCCAGUCCAGGACGCGACAGUCUGGUAGUGACGACACCCUGUUAUGGCUCAGGGGUACAGCUCAGAGUUACAGCUGGCAGAGAGCAGAGGUCACGUUCUCCUCCUCAGACAAUAGCAAGAUUGUCUUCAGAUAUGAGCGAGGUGAGGGUCUCAGAGGGCUGGUUGCACUGGACGACAUCUCUUUCUCCAAGGAGUGUUUAUUUGACCCUGAAAACAACAAACUGCCUGACACAUCAACCACCUCUGCCCCACCUACAUCUUCUAUCACUUCUCCAGCCACACCUGCAACCUCGACCACACCAACCCACCCCUGUCAGGAUAAUGAGUUUUACUGUUGGCGGUCAGCUGGAGAAGUGUGUAUUCUGGCUACUUUACAGUGUGAUUAUCACCCAGACUGCCCAAAGGGGGAGGACGAGGAUGGCUGUGGUGGGUGCACAUUUGAGAGUAACCAGUGCCAGUGGACUGACACCAGUGAUGGACAGAGUAGGUGGCAGAGGCACAAAGCCAGUAACAACACCGAGCCGCCCACUGAUCACACUACAAACACAGGCUACUACAUGAGAGUGAAUUUCAGUCGGGAGUCCAUACAGAGUGAGGCCCGUCUCCAGUGCCCCCCACUCCCCCCUUCAUCCCCAUACUGCCAGAUACUGUUUCACUUCCACAUCAGUGCAGAGAGUGCUGGGUCACUCAGAGUGCUUAUGCAGCAAGCUGAGGGGAGUGAAGCAAUCCUGUGGUCACGCAGUCACAACACUGUCUCUGAUUGGACCCCAGAGCAUCUGCCCGUAGGCCUGCACCAGCGGCCUUAUAAGGUAUGGUUCAGUAGCAUGAAUAAAGUGACUCAGACAGACACUACUGCUGGAGAUCACAUUGUUGCUGUGGACGACAUCUCUUUUCUAAACUGUGAAAAAUCCUACCAACCACCUGCUCUGUCGGCCUGUGGCUGUUCUUUUGAAGAUGGACUGUGUGUUUGGGUUCAGGGGGCUGAAGAUGAGCAGGACUGGCUCAGCAGGUCUGGUCCCACUGAAACCCCCAACACCGGGCCUGCAGGAGACCACACUACCGGCAAAGGGAAAUACCUUUACAUCGAGAGCUCCCGACCAACUGUAAAGGGAGAUAAGGCCCAGCUGAAGUCCUCACUGCUGCCGCCUGCUGGUGAAAACGGAUACUGCUUCACAUUUUGGUACCACAUGUUUGGAGCUACUGUGGGCUCCUUGAGGCUGCUUCUACAAACAGCUGAUUCCUUCAAGAAAACUGAGGUGUGGCAAAAAUCAGGAAAUCAAGGGGACGAGUGGCUGUUAGUGCAGAGCCAUGUGACCGUGCAGAAAGUCCACCAACUGAUUUUGGAGGCUACGGUGGGGGGUGAGGCUGGAGACAUAGCCAUUGAUGACAUCUCCCUCAUCAGUGGACCAUGCCCUGCCUCAGACGUGUGUGACUUCGAGGAGGGGAGCUGUAACUGGCAGCAGCAGACCGGCGAUGACUUUGACUGGGUCAGACAGUCAGGCUCCACCCACAACCCCAACACUGGCCCAGACAACGACCACACCACCAACACACCCAUGGGCCAUUACUACUACCUGCCCUCCUCUGAUAGCGACCACGCUGGCCAGAAAGCUAAAAUGUCUUCACCACUGUACCCAGCAGGCAAAGGAGCUUGUGUGCAGCUGUGGUACCACAUGUACGGCAGAGGAAUGGGGACGCUGAACGUUUACCAGCGGAGUGAAGAAGGGAAGGAGGCUCUGAUCUUCUCUCAGACAGGAGACCAGGGUCGGCUGUGGAGGUUCGCUCAGGCCUCACUUCUGCCUCGGGUUCAGCCGUACAGGAUCGUGGUGGAAGGUGUGAAGGCUGGCCCCACCCAGGAAGGAGACAUGGCCUUUGAUGAUGUACAUCUGACAGACGCUCAGUGUCCUCCCCCUGGACAUUGUGACUUUGAGACCAACAUGUGUAGCUGGGGCAAUGUGGGCGAAGGAGUUGACCAGGGGGACUGGCUCCGUAGCAGAGGAGCCUCCCCUAACCCCAACACAGGUCCCAGUGUUGACCACACCACUAACUCCACACACGGUUACUAUCUGUUUGUGGACAGCUCAGUGGGCGAGUGGGGAGACAUGUCCUUCCUGAUCAGUGAUGUGUUCCAGCCGUCCACUAGAGGUCACUGUCUGAAGUUCUGGUACCACAUGUACGGCAGCCACGCUGGGACUCUGAGAGUGUACAUGAAUGACAGAAACAUGCACGCUGGUGGCAACGAAGAGGGGACUCUGAAGUGGAUCGAGACAGGAGACAAGGGAGACAAGUGGCAGGAGGCCAGUGUGGCUGUGAAACACAAAGAAGCAUUCUGGUUUGUGUUUGUAUAUCAGAGGGGCAUGAGCACGGAUGGGGAUGUUGCUCUUGAUGACAUCACCAUCAUCCCUGGCAGCUGCUACUCGGAGCCCCCAAUCGACCCUCCUGAUGAUAACAAUGACACAUUGUCCGCAGGUCUGGCUGUUGGUCUGACUCUGCUGGCGGGCGUCAUCAUCAUAGUCGUCCUCUUUGUGCUGAACAGGAAGUGUAGUGCAAUGAAUCGGCCGACACUUAUAAGUGACGACGCACUUGACCAGAACCCUGCGUUUGACCUCUUUGACUGCAAGAUAGAUGGCACACAACAUGGAGGUGAAUCUGACUUUUCCUUCUUCAACAAUCUGUAUAAUCCGUCACCAGGUGCAGAUGAAUCCACAGUGGCUUCAUCUGAGGCUUAGUCCAGAUUAGGUAGAUAUUAGAUAUAUUAGAGAUGUUUGAUUUCCAUUAAAACUGUUAUUCAGAAGAUGAAAUGUUGGUGUUAGUCAGUGUGGCAUUUUUCCCGAGAAAGUAUCAGUGAUUCUUUAGUUUUGUAAAUGGCAGCUGGCUUAUUAAUUACGUGAACAUAGUUAUUCCUAACAUGAACACUCCUUGACAGAGGACGAGGGAACACUGAAAAUGUAAACCCAUUUUUAUAAAAUGGAAUUAAACUAACACCCUGGCGUAACUUGUUUCAGUGUUGUUGUUUUUGUUGUUUAGUGCUUGAUGAGCAGUCAACAAAGUCUGAGGAAAAUUUUUGACCUAAAGCUCAGGUUCAUUUUUAAAAUGGCAGUUUUUCUGUUCUGCUGAAGCUGAAAUUACAAUUACAACUCUGUUUCUUUUAUAACAGUUUAUUUAUACAUGAAUGUUCAUGAGAUGUAUAUUUACAGCUUACAUUUAGUUGCAAGAAUCAGAAUAUACCACAUUUGUUCACAGUAAGUAACCAAUGGUGACUGAACAACGGGGUAUUGCAGAAAUACAAACAUGCUUCAUAUCCUUGAUUUUUUUCCUAGGACCACUGUGUAUAAAACUGCUUAAAAAUCAUCUUAAGAACAGUUACCAUAAGAAAUAAUUUGCGUGGGAUGAACAUUCAGCGUGGUCUCUAAAAUGGCAAACAUUUUGUCUGUUUUUUAAGAGAUGUGCAAAAAUGUCUCACACCACUAUUAAACAAGUAAAUCAAGGUUUGGUCUGCCGCCUGGACUGAAUGUCUCUGUUGUUUUGAAGUUGAAACAGACUGAUGGUUUUCAUUAAAAAAGUCAUAACAAAAAAAA